GAAUAGCAGCUGAGCUGAGAGACCAACAGCAGAAAGGCACCCAGUAGCGAUCUCUUCAGAGGAGGAGUUUUGCUCCGAGGGAGAAUUAAGGGACUGAGCCAAGUGAGUUAGUGCCUCUGCACUGGAUGUUAAUCACAGACACCUACCUUGGAGCUGGGUCUGCAACAAUAUAUGUGGGAAAAGCAAAAGCCGUUGAGCUGUUGUUUGGUGAAGACUUCAUGAAAGUCGCUGCAGACAGAACAUUCCAGUGCAAGCGAGAAAUCAAGCGAAUGAAAUACAGUAUUUAAAACGAAGCAAGGUCAAGAAGACAAAACAGGCUGAUUUGAGGGAUCAGGAAGAACCUCUACGGUGAUUCAAGUCACACCUACGCACCACAAACCUUUGACACCUGAAGGCUCUUCCAGAGGACCACACAGGCCAUGGGGAAAUCGGAGAAGAACGAGGAGGCUGUCUUUCUGAGGAAGAAGAUCACCCUCUUGAGAGCUUUCUCGCUCCUCAUAGGGAGCAUGGUAGGCAGCGGAAUAUUCAUCUCUCCCCAAGGGGUGCUGAAGAACUCUGGCAACGUGGGCCUCUCCUUAGUCGUCUGGUUUGCCUGUGGGAUCCUCUCUAUGUUUGGUGCUCUGUGUUAUGCUGAACUUGGCACCCGGAUCACAAAGUCUGGAGCCCAUUACAUCUAUAUCUUGGAGACCCUGGGCCCUCUGCCAGGGUUCUUGUUCCUAUGGGCAGAAUACUUUGCUAUAAGGCCAGCCAACAGUGCAGUUGUAGCACUGGCGUUUGGACGCUACAUCCUGGACCCUUUUUUUGCACCCUGUGGUGCUCCACUUCUGGCUGUGAAACUUGUUGCUCUUCUUGGUUACUACAUUGUCCUAAUCCUGAACUCUUGGAGUGUCAGCUGGAGUGCCAGGCUUCUGACCUUCUUGUCCAUCGUCAAGUUGGUAGCUCUCACUCUCAUCAUCGUCCCAGGAAUGAUACUUUUAGCUCAAGGCCAUACAGAAAAUUUCCAGGAUGCUUUCAAUACUCAGACCCUCGCUUUGGACAAGCUCCCUUUGGCUUUUUAUGCAGGGAUGUUUGCCUAUUCAGGAUGGUUUCAAACUAGUUUUGUGCGAGAAGAACUAGUGAAGCCAGAGCGAAAUAUCCCUCUGGCAGUGAUUGUGUCUGUGAUCACUGUGAUUGUGGGUUAUAUGCUUACUAAUGUUUCCUAUUACACGGUGCUGACAGCAGCAGAUGUUCUGGCUUCCCAGGCAGUAGCUGUGAGCUUUGCGCAUAAAGCUUGCCGGAGUGUUAUCUCAAUGGUGCCUAUCCUAGUUUCUUUGUCUUGCUUUGGGACCAUGAAUGGAGGAAUCUUUACAUUUUCAAGGACCUUGUUUGUGGCUUCAAGAGAAGGGCAAUGGCCCCCCCUCUUCUCCAUGAUCCAUAUUCAAAGACAUACACCCCUACCAGCAGUCAUGUUGAUGUUCCCUUUGGUCACAGCCAUGAUCUGUGUGGGAGAUAUCUACCACCUGCUGAACUUCUUCAGCUUCUCCCGGUGGCUCUUCAUAGGAUUAGCCACCCUUGGGCUGAUAGUUCACCGCUGCCGUCAUCCUGAGAUAACAAGCCCAUUCAAGGUUCCUCUCUUCGUUCCUGUUUCCUUUACAAUCAUAUGCCUUUUCACUGUGGCGAUGUCUUUCUACUCGGACCCAGUAAAUAUCAGCAUUGGCUGUGCCAUGGUUUUAAGUGGGUUUCCCGUUUACUAUUUGCUCGUCAACAGGCCAAUGCCAAAGUGUUGCGGCGCCACAUUCUAUUCUCUUACACUGAAGCUUCAGAUCCUCUUGAAGGUGGUGCAACAAGAAAUCAGGACUUACUGAGAAGCAUAACAAGAGCUGGAGGGGUGAACCAGAAGCCUGAACUUCAAAGCUCUGAUUUUGCGGUGACUUCUCCUAGCUUAUAUUAAUUGCCACCCUCACAACUCGGAGCAUGCCUGCAUUGGAGCAUCUUCUUCAUACCAGAUGGAGAGUUCCUGAAAAAUCAAAGGCGCAGGAAACCCUGUGUAGAUGAGUCACACCUUUGACUGUGCAAGAAACACCCCGUGUGCAUCCUGAUAUUGUCCUCAUCUGCCAUGCAGAUGGACACGAGAGCAUCCGGUCCUUGAAGAAAGACUCCUAGAGAUGCAUCUGUCUGAAUGCAUACGCAAUCCCUAAAUGCUGGCUGUGUAGAGGCAAUAGCUAUUUGCAGAUGUUGAAGUGGUACUGCAGAGCUGUUAGUCAUCAAGGUACACAGGCUCAUUU